GGGGGCCGCGGAGCCGGAGCGCGAGCAAAACAGCUGAUCUGGUUUUCCUUUAAAGCUAGAGAAAAUGGAAGUCGGGUAGAGGCGACUGCGGCGCUGCGGGCUGACCGAGCGGAGCGGCGCGGCGCGGCAGCCAGAAAUCCCAUUAAUCCACGCUAACACUUUGGCCUGGAGAAAAGCACUUGUGGCAUCCGGGUGGGCUAUCCAAACACCAGAGCUGCCUCUCGUGAACAGCACCCUGCUCCAGGGCAGUAUGUACAUUGUGUGUGUGGAUUAUGGCGUUCUUCAACUAGAAUAUGUUCUUAUUAGAGCUCUCGGGCUGUGCUCUCAUGCCUUCCACUGCAGCAACAAUGGACCACUUUCAGCAGGGAUGGUGCAGAGCUGACCCGAAUGCCUGACUGCCACUGACCUCCAGAGAAUCCAGGUGUCUGAAAAGUGGCACUGACAGAAAAAACUCUCCAGGCCGAGGCUCCGGUACAUGGAGAGAAGGAAGAAGGAAAUUUCCUAAUUGGUACUAUAUACAUCAGAUGGAUGGUUUCUAGCCUGCUUCCAAACCCCACCUCGGCUGAGUGUUGGGCAGCACUUCUACAUGAUCCUAUGACGCUUGAUAUGGACGCAGUCCUGUCAGACUUUGUUCGGUCCACGGGGGCAGAACCUGGUCUGGCCAGAGACCUGCUGGAAGGCAAAAACUGGGACCUGACAGCUGCUCUAAGCGACUAUGAGCAACUCCGACAGGUGCACACAGCCAACCUGCCACAUGUGUUCAAUGAAGGGAGGUGCCCCAAGCAGCCUGAGCGGGAGCUGCCCCAGCCUGGGCACAAGGUGGAGCGGCCCUGCCUGCAGAGGCAGGACGACAUUGCCCAAGGUACAGCUGCCUGGAGUGGUGCACCAUGGUUUGCAGAAAAGCGACUUUCCCGGGGGAUUUCUCACGCCAGCUCAGCCAUUGUCUCCUUGGCCCGGUCACACGUAGCAAAUGAAUGCAACAAUGAACAGUUCCCUCUGGAGAUGCCAAUCUACACAUUCCAGUUGCCAGAUCUGAGUGUGUACAGUGAGGACUUCAGGAGCUUCAUCGAGCGGGACUUGAUAGAGCAGGCAACCAUGGUAGCUUUGGAGCAGGCAGGUCGCUUGAACUGGUGGUCCACCGUGUGCACGAGCUGUAAACGGCUUCUUCCUUUGGCCACGACAGGGGAUGGAAACUGCCUUUUACAUGCCGCCUCACUGGGAAUGUGGGGGUUUCAUGAUCGGGACCUGGUUUUACGAAAAGCUCUCUACACCAUGAUGAGGACGGGUGCUGAGCGGGAAGCCCUGAAGCGGAGGUGGAGGUGGCAACAGACACAGCAGAACAAGGAGUCAGGGCUGGUGUACACAGAGGAGGAGUGGGAGCGAGAGUGGACGGAGCUGCUGAAGCUGGCCUCCAGCGAGCCACGUACACAUUUCAGCAAGAAUGGUGGCACAGGUGGAGGUGUGGACAACUCUGAGGACCCUGUGUACGAGAGCCUGGAGGAGUUCCACGUUUUUGUCUUAGCCCAUAUACUAAGAAGACCGAUUGUCGUCGUGGCAGAUACAAUGCUGAGAGACUCAGGUGGAGAGGCCUUUGCACCCAUCCCUUUCGGAGGAAUUUACUUGCCUUUGGAGGUACCUCCCAACAGAUGUCACUGCUCACCUCUGGUUCUAGCCUAUGAUCAAGCGCAUUUCUCAGCUCUCGUGUCCAUGGAACAGAGAGACCAGCAAAGAGAACAAGCUGUGAUCCCCCUGACAGAUUCUGAGCACAAGCUCCUACCCCUGCACUUCGCGGUGGACCCAGGGAAGGACUGGGAGUGGGGGAAAGACGACAAUGAUAACGCCCGGCUAGCCCACCUCAUCCUGUCGCUAGAAGCCAAGCUGAACCUUCUCCACAGCUAUAUGAAUGUGACAUGGAUCCGGAUCCCUUCAGAGACCCGGGCUCCCCUGGCGCAACCAGAGUCCCCAACGGCAUCAGCUGGGGAGGAUGUGCAGUCCCUGGCCGAUUCCCUUGACUCAGAUCGUGACUCCGUGUGCAGCAAUUCCAACAGCAAUAAUGGCAAGAAUGGCAAAGACAAAGACAAGGAGAAACAGCGCAAAGAGAAGGACAAGACCCGAGCGGACUCGGUGGCCAACAAGUUAGGCAGCUUCAGCAAGACCCUGGGCAUCAAGCUAAAGAAAAACAUGGGUGGCCUGGGAGGCCUGGUACACGGUAAGAUGGGCCGUGCCAACUCCGCAAAUGGCAAGAACGGAGACACAGCCGAGCGCACCAAGGAAAAGAAGACCAAGUCUCGCAAAGGCAGCAAAGAGGAAUCCGGUGCAUCAGCAAGCACAUCGCCGUCAGAGAAGACCACGCCGUCGCCCACGGACAAAGCGGCAGGCUCAUCCCCGGCCGAGAAGGGAGGCGGGACAAGGGGUGACGCCUGGAAGUAUAGCACUGACGUGAAGCUGAGCCUCAACAUUCUGCGCGCUGCCAUGCAAGGCGAGCGCAAGUUUAUCUUUGCCGGUCUGUUGCUCACCAGCCACCGGCACCAGUUCCACGAGGAAAUGAUUGGCUACUACUUGACCAGCGCGCAGGAGCGUUUCAGUGCGGAGCAGGAGCAGCGGCGCCGCGACGCCGCGGCCAAUGCAGCCGCCGCCGCCGCCGCUGCCACCUCCACGACCAAACGGCCACAGCGCAGGCCAGAGGCCGAGGGCACUCCUGGAACUGAGCGUGCCUCUCCGGGCCCGCCGGCCGGGCAGCCCACGCAGCUGGUGCUUAAGCUCAAAGAGCGCCCGAGUCCAGGGUCCGCUGGGGGCUCGCGGGCCGCAAGGGUGGCAGCGGGCGGCACCGCCUCUCCUAGCAGCGGCGGCACCCGGCGUGCAGGCGCCAGCGGACAGACCCCUGGCCGAAGCCCGCCGGCGCCAGCGCGCCAGAGCGUUAUCCACGUGCAGGCAGCGGGUGCCCGGGACGAGGCCUGUGCACCGACCGUGGGCGCAUUACGGCCAUGCGCCACGUACCCGCAGCAGAACCGCUCGCUGUCUUCACAGAGCUACAGCCCUGCGCGGGCCGCUGCCCUGCGUACGGUCAAUACGGUUGAGUCGCUUGCGCGCGCUGUGCCCACCACCCUCCCCGGCGUCACAGGAGCCACGGCAGCAGCCGAGCACAAAUCGCAGACCUAUACAAAUGGCUUUGGCGCUACACGCGAAGGCCUAGAGUUCGCAGACGCCGACCCGCCAGCCGCACGCUCGAGCUCGAACGGUGAGUGCGGUCGCAGCGGCCCUGGGCCGGCGCAGCGGCGUUGCCAGCGCGAGAACUGUGCGUUCUAUGGGCGCGCAGAGACGGAGCACUACUGCUCGUACUGCUACCGCGAGGAGCUGCGGCGGCGGCGCGAGGCACGCGGGCCACGGCCCUGAGCGCGUGGUGUGCGGGCGGCGAGGUUUCCCCCAAAAGGAUUUCUUUUCCAUUCUGUCGGUGUCUUUUUUACAUGCUCUGGUCAACCGAAAGGCCGGCGCCUCCUCUGUCAGUGCCGUGUACGUGUUUGGUCAAACGUUCCUAAUGGUGCCUGAACCUACACUGACGCCACUCAGGUAGUAGACGGAUAGGAAACAAGUCAUACUGUUGGAAGUGGGUGUGCUAGCCUAGCAUCUGCCUCGUACCUGUGGAAACUCAAUAGCCAUUGCAAGAGUAUUUUUGUUCCUCUAUAAGAGAAAUAAAGAAAUUCGCAGCCCUUUGUUUUUAGAAGGGAGUGUUUUACAUGCUUUUUUUCCCCUCUCAUUUCAUCUUUUUCCUAACCUAGCGACUGACCUCUUCCAGGUAGCGGUCACUUGCGUGCGGUUGGUAGCACCCAGGGUUUAGGAGCAAAUGCACAGUCCCGGACUGGGGUGGAGGCUCCUCUGCGGCUCCCACCUGCUUUCCAUCCCACCCAGGUUCUUGGAGAAAGCAGGGACCUUGCCGCCCGCUGACGCUGUAGUGGUCACUAUGGCCCUUUAGGAAUACACGGCUCCUUUUCAUAAGCAAAACCUACUCCCACAACCCUCGUCUCAAGCAACAUUCACACUGCCAUCCAAGCCGCGGGGGACUGUAGAGUGGGCACCAGAAAACCUACCUCGCAGGGCGUGGUGAGGUGUAGUUAAUCUAUCCCGGUGCCGGGCAGCUCAGGUGCCAGGAGUUUUUCCAAAGACACCAUGGGUCCAUAAAACAAGGUUCUGAACUCACAAGUUGGAUUGGCCUAAAUAAGAGCAAACAUGACAGCCUGCUCACAUUUCUCCUUUGAAGACACUUCCACAGUGGACUGUCGCUGGAGGGCCUCUUAUAAGGUGAUAGCACUUCUGUGACCCAGAAGAGAGACAAAGAACUGUGUAAGCCCCUACUAGGCUGCUUUGAAACCCGGCCUGGCCCUCUUUCCAAAGAGAAGGGGCUGAAGGAUGCCCGCUCCUGGUAAGGAAGCAAAUCCACCCCACACCUCACUUGCAUCUGUCUGGGUUCAGCCAGGUAAUGGGGCUCACUGUGAUUGGGGCCCAUCCACAAGGCAGGAAUGGUCCUGCCUCUGGCUUCAUAACACAUUGAGGGAACAGCCCGAUAUCCGAGCCGUCUUUUUUGGUGCCUCCUACAUUUCUUGAGGAAAUUAAAAAAAAAAAAAAAAAUGUGUCCUUAGCUACCCUGUUUUGAGCAGCAAUAUGCAGCCUUUUCCUUCCAAGAUUACCUCUGGAGACUACCAUUCUUGGCCAAGGACACUGAGGAGCUAAACCUGCCUCACUAAGAAAAGAGCUUGUUUCCAGGAAAUAAGGAUAAGAUGGGCAAAAUCCUCACAAACUAAUACUUCCAAACCUGUGAGAGCUUUAGAAUAGUCUCUGAUAAUCCUAAAGAAAGAAAGGAGAAAGCACCUGGCUUCCAGUCAGCUUAUCCUCAGAAAAUUCAGGAGCAAUGGGGUGGGGGUGGGGGGUCAUCUCUUCAUUGGGGCCAGCUUCUUCUCCUGAAAGGAUGCUUUUUCCCUGUGACAUAAAGAGCAGCAAAAGCAAAAAAAACUAAAUAAGUAAAUAAAAAUUUAAAAAAGAUGGGGAGGGAAUUUUUUUACUUGUUUGAAAAAUUAUAAUAAAAUAACUGAGUAUAUCUCCUGUGAGUAAUUAUUUUUUGUUUUUAAUUAUCCCACAGCCCGUAGAGUUUUCAGUAAUUUAUUGAAGUUUUGCAGAAGUGGUUCCUUAGAUCAGAUUAUUUAUUAAAUAGAAUCUUUAAGACUUUUUUCAAAGUUUUACUUUUCAUGCUGAUGAAAAUACUUUCAAUGUGAGAUAAUUACUAGCAUCCACCUCCCUAAUAGUACUGGGUUUCUUUUAUUACUCAGAGAAAAAAAAAAGUAGUUUUAAAAAAAAUCUCUCAUUGAGAGGGUCUGUGGCAGCUUUUUUGGACUGGUUCCUUUCAUCACAUCACUCUGAACAGCUACUUCACCUUCCAAAGCUGUGGGUCACAGAAAGUAUUGCUCCCAGUGUAGAUAGCACCUGCUUAUGCUCCUUAUCCUUAGAAGGUUAAGAGAGCCAACCUUAAAAAUGCUUAAAUGUGCAUUCAGCAACCAAACUCAUGCACAAAAAAUUAAGGAAUAUAAAUACUCAGAUUUUUUUCAAUUUUUUAAUGUUAAGACAGCCAACUAGAAAUUUCCAAAACUGGCUAUGCAAAUCUCAUCUUUUUCAUGCUCUCAUCCAUAUUUCAAACAAAAAGACAAACUGAAACUAAAAGCAGUUCAUUGUAAUAAAGGAAAACCUUCUAAACAGGCAGAGUAGUAUAUAUGUAUUAUCAAAAAAAAAAAUGAGGACGUGUUCUGUGUGCUUGCAUUGCCAAGUUAUCUCCACCCCACCUCCAUUUGAUGACAGAUGUGCCAUAAAUGAGAGCCUGGGAUAUAGCCUCUGACUGUGACUUUGGCUUCUCUGGCCAUGUGAAAGGCCUCUAGUCCCUCUGCUUGGUCACAGGGUGAGCUAGAUAAGCCUAGGCACCUAUUGGUGCCUGCUCCAUGCUGCCACCUUACAACUCAGUCCACACAAUUUAAGAAUACCAUUUUCUUUUUUGAGAGAACCAUCCUUUAAACAGAGUUUAAAAAUUAAAAAGUGAAAGAGUAGAUUGUGAUAUGAAAUGUUCUAGACCUGAGCACCCACAUCAUGCUCCAGGUUGUUCACAAGAGCUCUUUAGACUUGGUCUCUGGCCAAAGGCCCUCUUAGUUCUGGCUUGGGGCAGGAACUAUUAAAAGCUGUGUUAAUUAUAUGUGGUACAUGAAAUUCUCUAAUAUUCUUCUAUGGUUUGUGGGCCCUUUGUAGUUUAGGAAAAGGGAAGAAGGCAAGUGCCACCUGUGCCAUGGCAGACUCUGACCAUGAGCUGCUUACCCAUCUGAUCUGGCCAAACUUCCCUUUCUAUGAAGGAUGGAUGGAUAUCUCUGAGCAACAAAAAGCAUGUUUCCAGAAGGAUCCCAGAUACUUCUAAGCUCCUGUGGAGGUUAUUUCAGAAAUUUACUUCACAUUUCCUGUACAUGCUUUACCCGGGUAAACAGUUUUUAAAAAAAAUAUUCUUAAGGGAAGGUGUUUUUCAGUGUAUUCUGCUUGUGGAUUUCGUGGAAUGUUACAUUGAAAUUUUACAAGUCAAGUUUAAACUGUACUAUAGAGAUUAUUUUUAUAUUAUUUUCAGAACAUGCCACAGAGCAAUAUUUUGCACCAUUAUUGUCACAGGGUUGUCCCUUAAAAGGGUAACUUGCUGUGGGAAGGGACACCACUCUGGGCUCUUGGGAUUUAAGUGCUUUUUGCUGUUUGUGCAAAUACCCUCUGAAAGCAGAAAUGCAUAAAUGUCCUUUCUUUUUUAAUUGAGAGCUUUAUUUUCCUUUUCCUGUUCAUAGGUUUUUCGUACUGCACCUUUCCUGAAUAUUUUAUAUUCACUAAGUUACUCUGGACCUUUUCUUAGCUAUUACUACACAGUGUCAUUUGAAUCCCUUACUUUACAAAUUUAAUGUUUUCCAAAAUAAUUUAUUAAUUCUACUGGUUUACUAUCAGAAAUUAGGUGGCAUGAGAUAAAAAGACUCUCCGCAUCCCCAGGUGCACACCUCAGGAUGUCAAAAUCCUCCAUGUGCCACCCACCCAUGUCUUGCAGGGGGAGGGGAGGGAUGGUGGGUGCCUCACUGCCCCCUGCUUAUUAUCCAAAUACAAACUUCAUCUAGCAAAUAUAUGUCAUAUUAGUUUGUUUUCUUUAAAAAAGGGCUGUACCUAUGAAUGAUGGGAAAUUUUUGCAAAGAAAGAAAGAAAAAAGACUUCCAAACCAGUGUGUGUAAGUUCCAUUUAAUGAGUCUUUUUUGUUUACUGAGACAUGUUGAAGGCAUCAACUGGAUGUUUGAGACUCCCCACCUAGUGGGGACUUCACAAAUUAAGUUCCUCCAGCAUUCUGUUCAUUUCUUCCAGUACUUCUAAUAAAUAAAAAUUCGAUAUGUUUCUGUGGCUGAGCCACAGUCAAGCUGUGGCCUUGGCCCCAUUGGGCUACAGAGGUAGCACCUGCUCUGACUGAGAGUCUGAUUCUUCUGUCACUUCAAGAUAGGCAUGUACAAAGGGCCCAAAGGUGGCCGGUGCUCCUGGCUCCAGAGAGCAGGCAGCCCCUUCCAAAAAGCUUUAAAGUGUUGGCUCUCUGGAGACUUCUUCCCACUUCCCUGUUACUCCUGACUCUGACCUCUCUUUUCUAAUAUAAUGGCCAUUCUGGUGUGGCUCUUCAGGGCAGGGACCUCAACUUCAUUCUUGCUUAAAUCCAAUCCACCCCACUGCCCUUGUCCAUUCUGCAGCACUGAUCCUGUUGGCCCAGAAGGUGGUUGUGUAGUAUCACCUAGUUAUCAGGGAGGUGGGGCCAGGGUAGUUCAUCCUAGAGAGACCAACACACACCCAGACUCUGCCCCAUACUUGCGAUGCUGAGGGCCCCCAUAUGCACCCCAGAGGCCCAGGGGUUACUGUUUUAUGAGAUUUUCAUGACAGCUAUAAGCAGUGUGCAAGAUGGUCUAUUAGCAGGUAUGCAGGUAACUUUCCCAAGUCUCAUUCUUCCGUCCUACUCCAACCCCAACAGAGAAGAGAGAAGAUGCCCUACGGGGACACCCCCCCACCCCAGGAGCAGCCAGGCAUGCAUCUAAUCAGUGCAGAGAAUUUCAGGCUGAGCCGAAAACAUACUCACAGGAACAGCACAGAAGCCAUUAUCUACAGAUACACUAGAAAUGUGACUUUCUAUUUAUUUUCCAAAAUAAUUUUUUGAAAUUUGCAUUUUUAGAAUUUUAGACUUGCAAAAAAUAAAUAAGUAAAUAAACUGGGUCCUGCCAACCCUAACUGUAUAUACCAAAUGAUGCAUAUUGCUUCUUUUUUAUUCCUCCCGAAGAGCAUCUCAAAGAGAUACAUAUAUACACAUACCAACUAUUAAUUUGACACCAGAUGAGGAGUACCAGUUGGUUUGAAGGGUAAAUAUAGGCAGAAUCUGCCCAAGACCAAAGCAAUCUGUUAAUGUAAUAAGGACAAGUAGCUAUUUCAGAAUGUAUCUCCAAAUACUGAAGGACUACAUUAAAUGAAGAACUAGCUUCCCAUCACAGAACAAAAACCAAGACCUUACAAAGACUACUCCCACCCGUGUAUGUCUUUGCCCAGAGACUGAGGCCAUCUUUAAUCAACAGUCACCUUCCUGCCUCAGGGCCUUCACAUGUGCUAUCUCUUCUACCUGGGACAGCCUCUUUGAAGAGAGCCCAUUACUCACACCUCACUACCUGUCAGUCUUUGCGCCAAUGCACCCCUCAACAAGGUUUUCCUUGCUUUCUUGAUUUAAAAACAUAACACAUCCCACCCACUGUACCCACUUCCCCAUGCAUCUUCCUCUUGUGCACUUGUCUGAGCACUGCAUGUGUGAAUUAUUCAUUGAUCCAUUUAUUACAUCCACCAAGCUUCCAUAGAAUGUAAGCUCCAUGUGGGCAGGACUUCAUGUGUGUCUUACUGCUGUAUGCUGGCACCUAUAACAGUGCCUAAUACCUAUUAGACACUGGAUAAAUAUACAUUGAAGAAAGGAAAUGCUAUCAGUAAUUUGAUAGCUAUUAAGAGGCCAAAAAUAAAUGUCAAUUUUGGCCAUCAUCAAAUCCAAAUUCUUGGACCUGGGGAUAUAGCUCAGUCGAUAGAGUGCUUGCCUCACAUGCAUAAGGCCCUGGGUUCAAUCCCCAGCACCACCAAAAAAAAAAAAAAAAAAAAAAAGAAAAAGAAGUCCAAAUUCUUCUGCUGUCCCUACUUACGGAGACUGUUAGCUGAUUAAAUGGCUUGGUUCCUUCUCCUGCAUACAAGUACAAGAAGGCUAGAUAUGGUAGUGAGUUUAUCCACCUGGUGGCAGCAGUAGCCUGUCUCUGACUCUGAACAUCUGCUCUAUGGGUCAGGAACUUUGGAACUGUUUCCUCCUGGUUAGUUCUUAUAAUCAGAUGCACUGUGAGGGGCACCCAUCAUGUCCUUCCUUGAUGUCAUUGUAGACCUGGACCAUUCUACAGAAGCCUUUAUAAGCAAUCCUUAGGUAUCUCUUAAUUCUUUCUAACCCAUAAACAGUGGCAAUGGAUAGUCCAGCCAAGCAAAGGGAUCCUGACAACUAGAAAACCCAUUCUUCAGUCACCAAAAAGCAGGGCAACAAAGGAAAAGGAACUUGUCACACAGAAUAACUGGCACAGGGGUGGGUAGCUAUGUUGACAAAUGUGGAAACAGCAGAGAGCUGAGAGAGCCAAGUUCCCCAAGACUCAGUCACUGCUGGUGUGCAGUGGAGUGUCAGAGCCUUCCCACCACAGAGCCAAACAACAUACACCUCCUUGGGCCCAGGCCCCAGAGCGGUGGUCCUCAAGCGACUUCACCCACAGCAGAGGAGGGAUGAUCCCCCUCUGAGCUGCCUCCCUCUGCCAGAUGAUUUUCACAACUACCUAAUAGUGAUUGGUGUUUACUUCCAGAUCCUUUGGCCAAAUAUGUUUUCCUCUAAGAGUUUUUGGCAAAAUACUGUUACCAGCUGCUUAUAGAACCUUUGUCCUGCUGUGUCCUGGUUAAAAGGCUUCAUCCUCUUUACUCCUCUUCCAUGGUUUUUGCUUUCAUUUCUCUGGAUGCCAUCUUUUGGGGUCUCUCAGGGGAUUGGUUCUCUUUGUAACACCCUCUGUGCAGCUGUCCAGCAGGGAGUGGGAACAUGUGUGUGUCCCUGCAUUUAAAUUGCCAAAUAAACCACGUCCCUUUUGUUACUGCCCAAACAGCCUGGGAUAUGCUCCUGCCAGGACCCAGAGAAAGGAAGUAUGCUUUCCAAAGGCCCGUGUCCUUGGCCCACACAGAGCUGUCUCUGUAGCAGGUACCCACAGAGGUCUCCCAAGCCCUGUGGGCCGUCCGGCUCUUUGCAUAUAUCCUUCCUGAUUUGAAGCACCUAUUUUAGUAUUAUGAGUUGGCAAGUGGGAGUGGAGCAGCUUGUGUCUACUCACUUAAGUUCAAAAUAAGUAAAAUCACCAAGUGCACGUGUUGGAUAUCAGCCAUGUCUUAGGCCCUGGUCCACACAGAAGCAAACGCCCUCUGCCAGAGCCAGUCUCCAUUCAGUAGGAGCUUGCCCCUCCCACACACCCAGGUGAGAAAUGCUGGGCUCUCAGUCAUCAAAUAAAGGAACACUUAGGAGCAGGGCAUUGGCUCACCUGAGUCCAAGCAGGGACAAAUCUCCUUGGUGACCAACCACUGCCUCAUCUGCAGAGCCUGAAAUCCACUCAACAUCAUUUCUGAUGAACUGUUCAGUCUCAUCCGUUAUAAUUGAGGCUCAUCAAAGUCAUUUAUAAUAAUUUAAAAGGACCUCCUCACCCUGUAUUUUCUUUAUUCCUUUAAACAUGUAUUUGACCUAAGGAUGUCAGUAGAAAUAUUGUUCUCAUUUUCCUUUAUCUUUUCUUUUCUUCUUUUUCUUUCUUUCUUUCUUUUUUCUUUCUUUUUUUUUUUUUGGUUGUUGUUUAAUUGACUGAUUCCUGGAUGAAAUAAGUUGCUUUUCCUUAUUUAUUUGAUUACAGUGGAUAAAGGAAAAUAUUUGAGGCAAAAAAUGGGUCAUAAAUCACAUUACUUUGACCAAGCUGUUCAGAACCCUUUUCUACCUAUGAGUGUUAAUUCCGAUUCAAUGCAAAUAUUAUUUUCCAUCUGGUUCAUUCUUGGAGAAGAAACCCAUUGUAAGAGCUGUCUUUGGUGGUUGGGUUGUUACUUUGUAAAGUAUUAAAGCACUAAACCAAUUUUUGCAAUAUAUAGUAAAUCUUGCUUUCAUUUUGGAAAACUUCCAGUAAUGACUACUGCACUUUUUAUAGAAGAACUGUAUUUAAUUUCUUUCUUUUAUGAAAGAUUAUUUCAAGUAAAAAUAGCUCUGUAAUCCGUGUGACACGGCUUCUCCAUUACUUGACAGAGAGAGAAGCUUUGAUGCCUACCCAAUAAAAUUAACAUGUUUGUAAA